AUGCUGUGCUGGACGAUCCCGCCUAAGAAAACAGAUGCCACCACAACUCCCUCGGAAGUCGUCACUACCGAGGCGCCACCCGUUACUAUCCCGGCAACGGAACCAGCAGUUACGGAAACACCGUUACCGGAAGCCACAACAAAAUUGGCCGCGGCAACGACAACUCGAGCAUCAGUAGUUACAUCGACAGUGAAACGGACAUUACCGCCACUAACACCCUGGAAAGUAACCACAACACCAAGCCUUAGAUUUAAAACGACCACACCACACCCAUUACCACCGGUGACCACCGUGCGGGUUACGCCACCGAUCACCACUUCGCCAACUGAACAGGAAAAAACAACCCCGGAGGUUCCGGAAGUCACUACCAUUCCGUCAAAGGUCACGACUCCGUUGACGCAACUCUGCUGGACAUUACCACCUCGCAUCAAGACCACCACCGAGGUCCCGGUGACGGACACUCCGGUUCCAGUGACAACGAAGAACCUCGUACCGCUAACGACGACCCGCAAACCGGUUAUCAUUGUUACCAAACCAAAGACCCAAAAAGCACUAGAGACAACUACCAAGUCUGUACUUACCGAAGCAUCAACAGUACCCGAACUGCAAACUACCACCACGGAGUACCUUGAGGAAACCACACCGGGCAAACCGACGCAACCGCCCGCGAUCGCCACCACCACACAGAAGGUCUUCAUCCGAACGACCACCAUGCCAUGGUCCCCAGCGACCCAACCGCCUGUCUUGUGCUGGACAUUGCCUCCACGCACCAAGAGCCCAAGCACCACGACGCAACAAUCCCCGCCGCCGGAAACCGUGACCCCAGAGGUCGUUACGGAUAUCCCUACUAAGCCUCGUACCCAACCACCUACCCGUCCAGUGGUGACCUUGGCCCCAAGCACCCGCUCUCGACUCUACACCGAGCUGAUCGGCGCCACCGAGACCGAACCGACGAUCACGAUCCCACCGCCCACACCACCGCCAGCGGCGACUACCGUCAGCCGCCUGCGGGUGACCACGACGCCGACGAGGAUCUGCUGGACACUGCCUCCGAAGCGCGCCACCACGCCGGGCUACCCCGAGUCCCCGACCACCCCGGCGCCGUUGAGCGGCACGACGCUGUGUUGGACGCUACCACCGAAACCGACGACCCCGCCUCCGGUGACGCCUUCGGGACGUCCGACAAGGCCACGCCGUAGAUCGCUUUUUGACAGGAGAUAAUUUUUUUUUAACUUGAACCGUGAUCCCGGUUUUGCUCAACGAGUGCACAUAGGUUUUACAUAGGAUUGCACAUAAGAUUUCUGUAAAUUUAUGUACAGGUGUUUUCUGUACAGUAAUAAUUCGUGAUAACAUGUAUAAUACACAUAUUUUGCAUUGUUCAGUAAUAUUUUAAUUACGCUACUAUUGCGCAGUUUAUUUGCCAAUGCGAAUAUGUUUACGGGGCG